CCAUGAAACUGCCCAAGGGGGCUGGGAACUCUGUGUUCUAUGGGCAGCACCCGGAGGAGAAGGUGCAGGUGCCCUCAUGGCAGGAGGUAAAGCAGAUCCCUGUGAUUAUGGCGAUGCUCAAAGGUCCGGGACCUGCCAAGUACCUCCGGCCAUCCUGCACGGGCGACACAGGCCAUGAUGUCUCCAUGUUCCAGGAGCCAGCCUACACGCUGCACACCCGGCACUCGGAGAAGCGGAUUAUGGACAUAUGCAGCCCUGGGCCUUGCUAUUUCUUGGAUCCCAAAAUAACUCGGUUUGGAAUGUCCAGCUGCCCACAGGUCCCCAUGCAGGAGCGCAUCUCUAACCUGCGCCUGAGCCCCACUCCAGCUUCCUGCCACUACUGCUUGGAGAAGACCCGCCCACCUGGGGAACGCAGGGCCCCCCAGCACACUUUUGGCUACCGAUGCCCAUACAGAGUCAUGGACCCCAAUCCGGCCCCCAACCAGUACCAGCUGCCACACUUGCUGGGGCCUAACAACCCCAUCCACCGAGCUGCUCCUUGCUAUAGUCUGGCCUCUGCAAACAAGAACUGGUUCUAUAAGGAGAAUGUGGCAGGAGGCCCUGGGCCGGCCACGCAUGCCCGGCCUGAGCCGUCCGUCUACCAGAACCGCAGCCCCGUCUACAGCAUGGCCAAGCGCUUCGCCUACCCGAUGGAUCACAUGCCGCGGCCUGGCCCUGGCUCCCACGACAUCCAGCGGGUCACGGUGCACAAGCCCCGCACACCGGCUUUCUCCAUGGGCAUCAAGCACUCCCCCAACCUGUGCCCACUGGUCAUUGAUGUUCACGACUGAGGCCCCUCCUGGAGCACGCCCCUCCCCACAGAGGUUAUUUUUCUAUACCAAAUUGAGCA